AUGAACGUCGGUGUCCCUGCUGAUCCCAGCCAAGCGGAGCAGAUGGAAAGGGACCUCGAUUCCUUGCCUUUCGACGACAAAUUACAUCUGGAGGAUGGUGAAGAGGAAGAUGAAGAUGAAGAUGAAGAGUUCUCCUUUGUGUGCGCCAAUCCUGAUGGUUCCUCCCCAAUCAGCGCCGAUGAUGCCUUCUAUAACGGCCAGAUCCGCCCCGUGUACCCACUGUUCAACCGAGACCUCCUCUUUGUGGACGAGGAGAACUCUGAAACUUUUCGGCCGCCCUUGAGGAAGGUGUUCGUGGAAAAGCGCGAUACUCUGGCACCCGUGUCGGAGUCGGAAUUGGAGGUGGAGGGAGUUAUUGAGGGCACCUACUGUGAGUGGUCUCCAGCGACUGCAGAGCUCGGUAAGAAGAGCAACUCCACAGGCUUCUCCAAGCUCUGGAGAUUCCGGGACUUUAUGACGAUGCACCGAAGCAGCAGUGAUGGCAAAGAUGCCUUCGUUUUCUUGAGUAAUCCCUCCAGUUCCAGUUCCAGUUCCAGUUCCAGUUCCCCCAAGCCCUCCAAAAACAAGCCCCACAAGCAGCUUCAACCUGCCUCAGCUCCAAAAGUCAACCGCCUCAAACCCCAAACACCAUCCUCUGCCCACGAGACACACUACGUCAGAAGCAGAGCCCAGAAGCAAGUCGACAAACACAAGUCCUAUCUCCCCUACCGCCAGGAUUUGGUUGGCUUCUUCACCACCGUCAAUGGAUUCAGCAAAAAUGUUCAUCCUUUUUAA